AUGGAAGAGUAAAUAAAGAGAUUAUAAAGUUUUGUUGAACAUCUCUAAAAAAAGAGUAAGAUAAACAAUUCUAAACUUGAUGUUGAAUGUUAUGAAGUUUUCUCUGAAUGUGUCUUAAUUGUAUAGAGUUAAAUAAGUGUUGAAAUUGGAAAUGUAAUGGAUAAAUUGUUUAAUCUAAUAAGAGAAAUGUUAGAAUAGGCUUAAUCUUAAAUUAAACCUCAUCCUGAACCAAAAUCAAUUCUAUUGACACCCUAACUUCCAGAUUUUAUUAAUGAACUUUAAUUAGGAAGUGUCAACAUCAUUGAUUAAUAAGGUACUCCAUAAUAUAUAAAAAAUUAUCAACAAAUACCUUGGAGUGAUUAUAAAUGUAGAGGUUAAGGAACUAGAAAUUUAAGAACUUAUUAAGAUGUAGGUACUAGUACUAUUAUUGACUAUUAUUAAAAUUGUUAGAAAGCAUCAAGUGAUAUUUUGAGGAGAGAAGAAGAAAUGAGAGAAUGGUUAGAAUUUACAAAUGAUACUAUAUCUAUGUUAAGUGAAGCUUUGGCUAAUAAAAAAUAAUUAGAUAUUGAAUUUUAAGGAAAGCCAGAAGAAUUGGAUAUAGUUAUAUCAGAUAUACAAUUUAAAAGGUUAAAUUUGGAAUAAUUAAUGAAGUCAGUGAAUUAAGACAAUAUAGGAAUUCAAAAUUAUGAUAAUACUGUAUAAUUCCUUUUAUAACACAUUCAUCAUAUAUAAUAAUAAACAGCAAUUGCUAUAAUCAAUCGAUAUAAGUAAAGAUAUUAAGAGAAAGAAAAGUAAUAAUAAAUGAUAAAUGAUAUGAAAAGUAAAAUAAAGAAAAAAGUAAAUAAUAAUAAUAAAGAAGAUUGUAGAUGUUCAUAAUAUGUAAAUGAAAUUUUGAUAUUGAAAAAUAAAUUAGAAUCAGCACAAAAUGAUAUUUCAAAAAAGGAUACUUAAUUAUUAGAACUUCAAGUAUUUAAUGAAUAAAAAGAUAAGUAAUUCAAAAUAAUGUAAGCAUAACUCUCAUAAUUAGAAGGUGAAAAAUCUGAAUUCAAAUAAAAAUUAGAUAAUAUAUAUAAGGAAUAUUCAAAAUUAAUUAAAAAGAAUAGUGAUAGAGAAAGAGGAUAUCUAUCAUCUAGCAGUAAUGAUGAAAUAAUAAUAAAUGCAAUAUCAGGUAAUCCUAGAACUACAAGUAGAGAUUAAUCUCAAUAAUAAUCAUCAAAACAAUAAAUAUAUUUAAGUCCAAAAGAUAAUUUCAAUAUUUAAAAGAAAACUUAAUAAAUGGAAAGAUUAGUUAAAUUAGUAAAUGCUUUGGAUGGGAACAAUUAAACAAGAAGAUUAACAUAAAUGUAAUUUAUAUUAGAAUAGAAGGCAAGUUCUUAAAUUCAUGAAUUAGCUGAUUUGAUAAAGGAUAUUGAAGAAAAUGAUUUAUUAUAGAAUGAUAAUAUGGACAAUAGUUAAAUAUCAAAUAAUAUUGAUCAAUUAUCAUCAAUGAGAAAUUUAGAAAUUAAAUUUAAAUAAAAUAUUCUUAGUAAGAAUUUACUCUAAACUUCAUUCGAAAUUGAAUCUAAUAAUGAUAAACCUGCUAUCAAGGUUAGUUUGCCAACUGAAUAAUCAUAACAUUAAUAAAUAAUAAACAAUAAAAAUAAUUCUACUACUAAUAGUAAUUAUAAAAGAAUUGAAUAAUAAGGAAAUAAAAUGGAUGGUCUUAAGAUAAUAAAUACUUCUCCUAAUUAAUUGACACCACAUUAUCCAUUAUCAAAAGCAAAGUCAUCUUAAAAUAUAAAUAGAUAAAAUUCUAUUAAAUUAGAUUAAAAGGAUAAAAAGGAAACUAAGGAUCAAUAUUAAUAGACAGAUUUAACAAUGAUUUCAAAUAUAUUUCAGACAGAUAAAUAAUAAAAUUUAUUAUAAGAAAUAGAAUAGAAUGAAUAAAAUGAAAAUUUGAAAUUCUAAAACUCAAAUAAUAAAAUCAAUUCAUAAUAAUAACUUACUACAAGUAGUACUUUCAAUUUCAAUUCUGCUGGAACUAUGGGAAUAGGUAAUCUUAAUUCUCCUAUGCAAUCAUCAAAUACCAAUUCAAAUCUACCAUCUCCUCGUAAUCAAUAAUCAUCUCAUUAAACAAAUAUAUUCCCCUCUCCAUCAUCUUCAAUACGUCAAAAAAAAAUGGUUGCUUUGAAACUUGAAUAAGAAUUAUACACAUCUUAAACUUAAAAUAGUCUAUAAUAAGAUCAAAAAAAUAUUUCAAAAGGAAAAUCAUUAAAAUAGAAAAUCUAUGAAUAAUAAGAGGAAAAACAUUUAAAUCAAUAGCAUAGAAGAAUGUACACUACAACAGGUACUUAAUCAUAAACUAUUUCUCCUCGUGAAUAUUAUACUCCUAGAAAUAAAACAAAAGAUGAUCUAGUUUUAAAUAAAGUUUAAUAAGAGUAAGAUGAUAAACAGAAAGAAGAAUAAUUAUUUUAUGAUUAAAUGACAAAUGAAAUGCCAGAAUAGAACGAAUAAGAUAUCAUAUAAAAGGCAAUCAAUAGAAUACCAGGAUAUGAAUUAGCUUAAGAAAUAAAUGAUAAAAUUCUCGAAACAAUGUUUGGUAAUCUUAAUAAAACUCCAGAUAUAGCAUAAAUGAUUAUUUAAUUAAGCAAGAAUGGUUAAUUAAAUUUGAAUGAAUUCAAAAGAUUUAUUAAUAGAAUGUAAACAUUUCAUAAAAGAUGUGGUAGAGAUUGUAAUCAUUUGAUGAGGUAUAUAAUUUAUUUGUAAAUAUUUAGAUUUUAUUUGAGACUAGGUUUCGUGUCUAUGAAGUACCUAAAUAAGAGAAGGUUGUUAAAAUUGAGCAAGCCGACGGUUCUCCCUGGUUUCAAAUGA